UGUAUUCUUGUAUUCUUACAUUGUAUAUUUUGUAUAUACGAAACUGAAGCAAUAUAUGAUAGAAGUGGUAGUUGAUCUUAAUUACAGUAAUCUCCUCCAUGAUUCGUAGGCUUUUGAACUCUUCUCUCACUCGCCUCCCAUUUCCAUCUCUCGCACCACCGCCACCGCUCCCCAAACCAAAACCUAACAACUUCUCAUUCCGCCUCCGCAAUUCAACCACCCACAUGGGCGACGCCCGCCGACCUUCCCCCGUCCCCAUUCCAUCUCUCGAUAAAGCAGAUCGCUCCGAACUCCUCCGCGCUCUAGAAGCUUCCUUAGGCUCUUCCUUCACUUCCGAGCCUCUCAUCCCAAACCCUAACCCUCUCGUCAUCGUAAUUAGCGGCCCCAGCGGCGUCGGCAAAGACGCGCUAAUCUCCCGCCUCCGUGACUCCCGUCCUGGAAUCCACUUCGUCGUCACCGCCACCACUCGUCCCCGCCGUCCCAAUGAAAUCGACGGGAAGGACUAUUUGUUUGUUUCUAAGGAGGAGUUUUUGAAAAUGGUGGAGAAAGACGAGCUUCUCGAGUAUGCUUUGGUUUACGGUGAUUACAAGGGGGUUCCGAAGCAGCAGAUUAGGGAGUUUAUGGCGAGAGGGAAUGAUGUUGUGUUGAGAGUUGAUAUUCAAGGUGCGCAGACGUUGAGGAAGGUUUUGGGGAAAUCGGCUGUGUUUGUGUUUUUGACGGCGGAGAGUGAGGCUGCUUUGGUGGAGAGGUUGGUGGAUCGGAAUACCGAGACAAAAGAGUCUUUGCUUGUUAGGAUUAGUACUGCCAAGGAGGAGAUGAAGCAUGUGAGGAAUUUUGAUUAUGUUGUGGUGAAUGCUAAGGAUAAGCUUGAGAAUGCUGUGAACUUGUUGGAGUCAAUUAUUGAUGCUGAGAAAGCUAAGGUCUGUCAAAGGACUCUUCAUUUAUAGAUUCAUUGAUCAUAGAUAGAAAUUAGUUCGUGUUGAUGAAGCAUUUGUGUUGAUUCUUACUAUGUAGUUUUAAUUACAAUGUUUUAAUAUCAUUUGUUAAUUUCAUUUGUUGA